CAAACAGCACAGCGUGUGACUGACAUGAUGGAGCGGCCAAACAGCACUCAGAGCCAUUCACCGAGCCGUGAAGAUCUUUCCAGCCAGAGAGGCACGUCCCAGCCUUCAAGCCCACGGUGUCAGCUGAAGGUACCAAGACCGCAGCAUCCAGCUUCUCAUGGUUCUUGCGCUCAGAAGAUACCCGAGGCAACGGGGGACGGUCAUUCUAAAGACACCAGUGACAACGUUCACGACGUGGCCCACAGCAGCAGGACGAAGGCAAAAAAAACCAGCGGCUCGGACUUUGCCCAGCGAGCGAAGAGACAAGCGGGAGGUGCUUGCUACUCCCUGGCACCACCGUUCAGAAAACCCAUCUCCAAAACAAAGAACACUGCAUACAAGUGCUCUGUGACGGGAUGCCCGCAUGCUAAGGAAGAGGUCCCCGCCGGCUUCUGGCUCUUUCCACUUCCCAGCGAACAAGCUGAAGAGUCACUUCGUUCUGAAUGGCUGCAACACCUGCCCAUCGACGAAGAUAUCAACAGGCCACUAAGCCCACGUGUGUGCUUUAAGCACUUUGACAAAAGAAAGCACUUUGUGUCAGUGAGCAGUCGCAUUUUCGGACUCAAGCCAGACGCCGUCCCCUCUCAGUUGCUGCAGCCAUUGGAAGCCCCGAAAAAGGACAAGAUCACCGAUGCAUUCCGUCGUUCGACUGAACUUACACAGGACGCUUCAGACACUGGCCUCGGGCGGGUCUGCACAUCCACAACUAGUGUGGGACAGAAGCCACAAUCCAUGAUGGCCGCUGAGGAAGUGCAGAAAAUGCAGUCCACUAUUUCUGCUACAAUGGUGCAGGAGCCGCAAUCUAUGGCUUUGGCUGAUGCAGCAGAAGCUCAGUACACGACAGCUGGAGUAGAACCGGAACAGCAGCUCACGCAUGCUGCAGUCAUGGUGCAGGAGACGCAAUCUAUGGCUUUGGCUGAUGCAGCAGAAGCACAGUACACGACAGCUGGAGUAGAACAGGAACAGCAGCUCACGCAUGCUGCAGUCAUGGUGCAGGAGACAAAAUCUAUGACUUCAGCCGAUGUUGACACGGAGUGUCAUGCUGGAACAGCUGCUGGAGCAGCGCAUGAAUUAGAGCCAGUGGCGGCCAUGGAGUUGCAGUCCACACCUAGUGCCGUGAUGCAGGAGCCACAGUCCACGACUUUUGCCAAUAUCAGUUCAGAGUCUCACCCUGUGGCAGCUGAUGGAAAAGCACAGAAAUUGCAGUGUACUAUAACCACCACCAUGGUGCAGGAAACACAGUCUAUGACAUUAGCUACUAUCGCAGCAGAAACUCGGUCUACGGCAGCUACUGGAGUAGCACAGGAAUGGCAGUCCACAGCUACUGCUAAUGUGGUGCAGGAGUCACACUCCAUGACUUUUGCCAGUGGUGGUGCAGAUCUUCUGUCCACAACAGCCACUGGAGAGGCACAGCAUUCGGAGUCAAGAGCUGCCGGUGUCAUGGAGUUGCAGUCCACAGUUACUGCCAGGGUUCAGGAAUCACAGUCACUGAUGUCUGACAACACUGGUUCACAGUCUCAGUCGGUGAUAGCGGCUGGAGUGGCACAAGACUUGCAGUCAACUACCACGGAGUUUCAGUCCAACCGUACUGCCAUGGCCCAGAAGUCGCCAUCCAUGACUUCUGCAGAUGUCAGUGCAGAGUUUCAGUUCGUGACACCUGCUGGAGUGGUGCAGGAAUCACAGUCCACAAAUGCUGCCAAGAUACCUGCACCAGAGUCUUUGACUUUUACUGAUGGUGGUAUGGAGUCUCACAUUGUGACAGCUGCUGGAACAGCACUGGAGUCACAGUCCAUGGCUUUAGCAAAUGUUGCAGGGGAAACAGAGUGCACAACGGCUACUGGAGCAGCACAGGCUAUGCAUUUAACAGCUUCCACUGCCACUGAGUUACAGUCUACAACUACUGCAGCUGUAACGGAGGAGCCACAGUCAAAGGCUGAUUUUGUGGCAGAAGCGCAGUUGAUAACCACUGCUCCAGAAGCAGAUGAAUCAGAUUCAACAGCUGUCAAUGCUGUAGGAUUGCACUCCACAACAACUUCCAUGGAGCAGGAGCCACAGUCCAUGAUUCAUGCUGAUGUCGGUGAGGAGUCUCGGUCUGUAUUGUCUGCUGGAGCAGUACAACAAUUGCAGUACAUGGCUUCGAGUGUCAUGGAGUUUCAGUCUACAACUGCUGCCAUGACAGAGGAGACACAGUCGAAGACAUUACCUGACCUUGCAGCAGAAGCACAGUCCUUGACCACUGCUCCAGAAGCACGUGAAUCAGGUUCCACAGCUGUCUCGACUGUGGGAUCACAGUCCACAACGACUUCAAUGGAGCAGGAGCCACAGUUCAUGACUCAUGCUGAUGUCAGUGGGGAUUCUCAGUCUGUAUUGUCUGCUGGAGCAGCACAGCAAUUGCAGUCCACGGGUCCAAAUGUCUCAGAGUUUCAGUCUAAAACUACUGCCGUGACAGAAGAGACACAGCCUAAGACAUUACCUGAUCUUGCAGCAGAAGCACAGUCCUUGACCACUGCUCCAGAAGCACGUGAAUCAGGUUCCACAGCUGUCACGACUGUGGGAUCACAGUCCACAACGACUUCAAUGGAGCAGGAGCCACAGUCCAUGACUCAUGCUGAUGUCAGUGGGGAUUCCCACUCUGCAUUGUCUGCUGGAGCAGCACAGCAAUUGCAGUCCAUGGGUCCAAAUGUCUCAGAGUUUCAGUCUACAACUACUGCCGUGACAGAAGAGGCACAGCCUAAGACAUUACCUGAUCUUGCAGCUGAAGCACAGUCCUUGACCACUGCUCCAGAAGCAGAUGAAUCAGGUUCCACAGCUGUCACGACUGUGGGAUCACAGUCCACAACGACUUCCAUGGAGCAGGAGCCACAGUCCAUGACUCAUGCUGAUGUCAGUGGGGAUUCUCACCCUGCAUUGUCGGCUGGAGCAGCACAGCAAUCGCAUUCCACGGGUCCAAAUGUCUCAGAGUUCCAGUCUAAAACUACUGCCGUGACAGAAGAGACACAGCCUAAGACAUUACCUGAUCUUGCAGCAGAAGCACAGUCCUUGACCACUGCUCCAGAAGCACGUGAAUCAGGUUCCACAGCUGUCACGACUGUGGGAUCACAGUCCACAACGACUUCAAUGGAGCAGGAGCCACAGUCCAUGACUCAUGCUGAUGUCAGUGGGGAUUCCCACUCUGUAUUGUCUGCUGGAGCAGCACAGCAAUUGCAGUCCACGGGUCCAAAUGUCUCAGAGUUUCAGUCUACAACUACUGCCGUGACAGAAGAGGCACAGCCUAAGACAUUACCUGAUCUUGCAGCUGAAGCACAGUCCUUGACCAUUGCUCCAGAAGCACGUGAAUCAGGUUCCACAGCUGUCACGACUGUGGGAUCACAGUCCACGACGACUUCCAUGGAGCAGGAGCCACAGUCCAUGACUCAUGCUGAUGUCAGUGGGGAUUCUCACCCUGCAUUGUCGGCUGGAGCAGCACAGCAAUCGCAUUCCACGGGUCCAAAUGUCUCAGUGUUUCAGUCUACAACUACUGCCGUGACAGAAGAGACACAGCCUAAGACAUUACCUGAUCUUGCAGCAGAAGCACAGUCCUUGACCACUGCUCCAGAAGCACAUGAAUCAGAGUCCACAGCUAUAACUUCCAUGGAAUUGCAGCCUGCUACUACUUCUUCCAUGGCACAGAAGCCAGAGUCCACAACCCUUGCUGAUGUCGCUGUGGAGGGUCAGUCUGCGACAGCAGCUGGAGCAGCACAGGAAUUGCAGUCCGCAACUAGUGCUGCCAUGGCUCAGGAGCCACAGUCUAUUACGUUAGUGAAUAUUGCAGCUGAAAUCGAGUCUGUAACAGCUCUUGCAGCAGCACAAGAAGCGCCGUCUUUUGCUUCCACUGUCACCGGAUUACGUUCUACAACUAAUGCUGCCGUGAUGGAGGCACCACAGUCAACACUACCUGAUGUUGGUGCAGAAACUCAGUGCAUGACUGUUGCUCCAGAAGCAUGUGAAUCGGAGCCCACAGCUGUAACUGCCAUAGCAUUACAGUCCACAACUACUACUUCCAUGGGGCAGGAGUCACAAUCUAUCAUUGUAGCUGAUGGUGGUGUGGUGUGUGACUCUGUGACAGCCACUGGAGCAGCACAAGCAUCGCAGUCUGCCAUGACGGAACAGCCACAUUUUCUAGCAUUGCCUGAUGUAGCAGCGGAAACUCGGUUCAUAACUCUUGCUCCAGAAGCACGUGAAUUGGAUUUCACAAAUUCUGUUGCCAUGGUGCAGGAGCCAGAUUGCAUGACUGUCAGUAAUGUCAUUAUCGAGUCUACGUUCAUGUCAGCUGCUGGGCCGGCACAAGAAUCGCACUCCACAACUGUUGCUGGCGUAGAAUUGAAGCCCGCAGCUACUACAGCUAUGGGGCAGCAGGCAGAUUCUAUGGCUGUCAGUGAUGCCAUUACGGAGUCUAUGAUUGUAACAGCCGCUCGAGUGGCACAGGAAUCGCCCACCACAACUGUUGCUCGUAUGGAAUUGAAGCCCACAGCUGCUGUGGCUAUCGAGCAAGCGUUGCAGCCUGUGACUUUUGCUGAUCUCAGUGGAGACUCUCAGUCCAAGACUGCUCCCAAAGCAGCACAAGAACCGCAACCUGCAACAGUCACUGCUAUAAAACCACAUUUAAUGAGCAAUUCUAUUGGGCAGGAGCCUCAGUAUGAUGUAUUGGUUGCCACUCCUCCUCCAGAGCCUGAAGUUGCAGCUGCCAUAGUUGUGGGAUAUGAAUGGCUAUCCGAGACGAUCGUUGCCACGAUAGAGCAAAUUAACCAUUUGACUGGAGAGGAAUCGCAGUUCAUGGCAGCCGUCGGCAUGAAACAUGAACUAGAGUCAACGGUUGUAGUUGCCAGUGAACAUGAGUUUCGAUCUAUGACAAGCAUAGGAAAGAGAGAGAAAUGUGAUCUUGUGUCUGUUAUUGACACAUUGCAGGAAUCGCAGACUGAAGCUGCUUUUGGUGUGGCGUCAGAAUUGCAGUGCACAAAUUCUACCAGCUCUGUAACGGGGUUGGCAGUAGACAGCACCUCAAGCUCUACAGCUAAAAUUUGGGUCCAUUUUCCCAAUUCGGAGGGAGAUGUGCAGGUGGAAGAGCAGAAUGUAGCUGAUGUUCCCGCCAGUCCGGCACCAGUUAAAAAUGAGAGUCUCGAAGAAGCAACCGAAUGUUGUUCUGCAGUCAUCGCAGAGCCCAUUCGUCAAACAGAUUGCAGCAAAACUGCAACUUGCGAAGAUCUGUCUGCAGAGAACCCUUCAGAGAAGUGCAUUCCUAAAUCUACUCCUGUGCCAGCCACCGAUGUGUUUGACAAGCAGAAGGAACAGGCGGAAGAGAUGGUUAGUGACUUUGCCAUGCACGGCACUGUUGAUUAUGCGGAUGAGGUCACUGCUAGCACUUGUGCUGGACUGGCAGGCAGCUGUGACUUUGAUGUUGAUUGGGACCUGUGCAAACAGGUCAUGUCUAUUCCUGACGAAGCACUGGAUCCUAUGGAUGUUUCAGUGGUGGCACCGCCAAACCAUAGCAUCAUUGUACGUGUGCCAUUGGAGAAGUGCCUUAAACUCGUGCUUUGGUUCAAGUGCAAGUUAGAAAAUGGCCAAUGGUUCGUAACUUUGUCUUGCGCGGGUGGAUUGGUCGGACAGGGGCAGCACAAGUGGCGCCUGUAA